AUGGUUCUUUGGCUUUCACAAAUCAACUCGUUUUAUAUUAUUCGUUAUGGUGUCAGCGAUAUGUCUCAAUAUUGUCAAUUUUGCAUCUCGUUGAGUCGUUUCUUUGCUCUUGCUUUUGACGGUGCCUAUUUCCGAUACUCAAUGCGAUUGCCUUAUCUCCAAGUUCUCAUACCGUACGCCCUUCGAUUUGCGAUCGGUUAUUUGGGUGAACUCUGCCAAGAACUGCUUUAUGAUGGCUGGAUGUACUUCUACGAUCCAUUCGUCGUUUACGCUCCAUAUUUUCUCACUUGUGCCCUCGAUUUUGUUAUCAGUCGUAAAAUGAAAAAGAGCCCGAUCUUCGAUAAUUCAAUUCCUAGAAGAAAUCCGAAAACUCAAUCAAACGGA